ACCAUACCUGUAUCAGUCCUUGUAUCCACCAUCUGAUUCGAGGGCUUUGGCCCCUCUGCAAACCCUUACCUCUCUCAAGUUUACCUUCGUCACAGCUUACAGCUCCUCUCUAUCUCUCCGACCGACCGUCCCCUUAUUAUCGUUCCCCCUUGCCGCCCGGUGGCUCGGUGCUCCCGUCGAUUCACGAACACAAACUGGUAUGGGAUUCGUUUCUUCUUCUCGCGCUUCAGGGGGUUCCGUUUAGGUUUUUCCUUUGAGUUGAAGACGUUGCCAUUAGCAUUUCUGUUGCUGGGAUACCAAGAUGGCAAUGAACCACAUCAAAAUGAGAAGUGUUGUGAAGGAGGUAAUCAGGGUGGAAGGGCGCAGAAUGUUUGCUGCGGGGGGUGGCAAGGCAAAGAAGGGCUCUAAAGGAGGUGCAGCUGCUGAUGCCCCAAAAGCAUCAACACUAAGCAAAGAAGUCAAGUCCACUACAGUUGUUGGUGCCAAUAUCCUCAAGGAUGGUGUGGAUCCCAAAAUCUUGCCUGACUCAGAGUACCCUGAAUGGCUGUGGCAUCUUCUUGACAAACGCCCAGCACUGAGUGAGUUAAGAAGGAAAAACAUUGAAACUCUCCCGUAUGAAGAUCUCAAGCGCUUUGUUAAGUUGGACAACCGAGCCAGGAUCAAGGAAAAUAAUUCUAUGAAGGCAAAAAACUAAUCAGAGGCUUUUAGCAAUGAUUUUUUCUUGGAAAAUUUUCUUGUGCAAGCUCUGUGUUUUACUAUUUUUGGGAUGCUUCUCUGUCAUUAAUGCUAGAGCUAUGAUCUUUUGGUGGUUUAGUCAUAAAUGAAAGUGAUGACAGAGAAGAUAUGAUCUCAUAAAUUGAUUAGUUGUUUUUUAUGCCAGGAAAAUAAGUAUUUGGUUGGCUACUGCU